AACCCCUGAAACCUCUUCCUGUUUCAUCUUAACGGCUAUUUUUAACGAAUUGAAUCUCUCUCGAAUAUCUCCUUGUUCUUCUGCUUUUUCAUUAAUUUCGAUUUCUCUCUCUUUAUUUCAUCUAGCAACUUAAAAAACAUAACCCAGUUCCUCAAUCAAUCCCAAUAUUAAACAACCUGAUUUAUGUUUCUUUUACCCUCCCCUGUUUCGCUAUAAUUUUCAAACAAAGGAAAAACAACCAACAGGUAACAGGAAUUAACAGAGGAAGAAGAAAUUUUGGCGAAUGAUCAAACCUAAAGGUUAGGUUCUGAAAAUUUGAAAAACAGAUAUAAAUGGAGAUUGAGCUACAAGAAGCAAAGGCGGAGAUUGAGAGGCUGAAUUGUAACUUGGAUGAUAAAGAUUACAUCAUCAAAUCGCAAUAUGAUGAGAAUGAAGCCCUAAAAGCCAUUGUUUCGGAGCUGAAGAAGAAAAACAUAAACGCGAAAAAGGAUAUCAAUCAGUGUGAGGGCCAGGGGGGUAAUUUGCUAGAAGAAUUAGUGGAUAGACAAAGAAAGGUGGAAGAUGAGCUGAAAUGGAAGGUGGAACAGUUUAAGCAUCUUGAAGAAGCAUACGAGAAGCUUCGAGAUCAGUUUCGUGUUAGUAAAACUGAAUGGGGGUCCGAGAAAUCAUCCUUGGUUGAUGAGAUAUCAAAGCUACAGGAAAGCCUUGAUGAAGGAAACAGAACUGCAGAAGGGCUUAGAAAUCAAUUAGCAAUGUGCAAACAAGCUUUGGAGAAUGAAGAAAUCCGGAGAAAAAAGUUUGAAGAGCAAGUUUGUGAAAUGAAAUCGUUAUUGGAAAGUGUGACACAAAACGAGGGUUUUGAAGGGAAAGAAUGUUCAGUUGCAGAGAAUGGUGAGGAGGAAGUUGCGAAUCUGAGGCAUACAUUGCGUGUGAAGGAGAUGGAUUACAAGGAUAUGGAAUACAGGGUGAAGAAACUGGAGAGAGAGAAUGAGGAACUCUUGGCCUCCAUUAAAGAGCUACAAGAAGCUCAUAUUCCAAGAGCAGUUCCAACUCCAUCUUCAUGGGCUAAGCUCAAGAACAGACUCAAAUCAUUGGAGUUGAGCCAUAGAGAAUGUUCUGCUAAUCUAAGGGUAAAAGAAGCUGAAUGGAGUUAUAAAGCUGAUAAAAUGAAUCAAGUCAUAGAAGAUCUGAGGAAGGAACUAGAAGGGUGCAAUUCUACAUUAACACAACUCAAGAUGCAAAAUGAAGAGCUGUCUUUAAUGUUACAGUUGAUGCGAUCAGAAGGUUUGGAAGACAGAGAAGGUGGUGUAGCUCAAUUGAUGGAGCAGUUGGAGAAGAUACGUGAGGAGAAGCUUGCAAUGCAAGAAGACCUUGAAAAACUAAGAGAAGAGUUAGAAGAUGUUUGUGAUGCUCUAGAUAAAAUUGAUUCUGAGUUGACAGAUCAAACUAAUGAGAAAAGUGAACUUGAAUUUGAGUUACAGAAUUGGAUAUCUAUAGCAGCUCAUCUGGAAAUGCAGGUUACAGGAAGCCAGGUGAUGCGCAGAGAUUUGGAAUAUUCUUUAAUUGAACAAGCAGAGGUUGAAGAAAUGCUGAAACUAAAAAUUAGUAAUCUUGAGCAGCAGAUAUUCUUGAUGGACCAAGAGAUCAGGAUAGAAGAAGAUGUUACCACAGAAGAGGACGAAAAAGUAUCACCAAGGUUGGAGAUUGAUGAUUAUGAUGAUGAUGAUGAAGAGCUGCAACAGGAAUUAUUGGCAAGAGAACUUGAAGAAGCCAUAGUUGGACAUAUUAUGGAGGAGAAAAACUACACAUUUCUUCAUCAGAGUUUGCAGGAAGAUGACAUGGGACCUUCACAAAAGCAUGAAAGAAUAAUAGUUCAAACAAGGAUAAAUCUUCAAGGUGAAGAAGUUUGUGCAUCAAAAGAAAAUGUUAGGCAGCAACAUUCUCAUUUAAGAAAGACGAGUGAUUCCCUAAUCGAGGAAAGAUCGCCAUUCAGAGAGCUUAACUAGGAAAUAAUCUAGAAGAAUCAACUAUUGCAAUUGUUUUGACUUGUAAAUGAGGAACAUUACUCCAAGUCACCACUCCUGACCAUUCUUUUUCAUUAAUUUAUUCGUGUGCAUUGAAUGAUUUCACUAGUUUUUUUCUUUCUUUUCUAGUGUGUAGUUUUUUCUCCUUGUGUGAUUUCAGUAUUGUACAAACAAAUUUUUGAAAUGACAUAAUCAAACUUCAUUAUGAUGCA